AGCUAAAAGGUUAAGAGUCUCCACCCUCUGUUCCGCAGACAAUCCAUUACUAGACACAUUUUAUCAUAAGUAGCACUAAAGGUAUAGCCAUAACCUUCAGAAAGAGCUUGGAAAAACAUUAGACGCUUCUGCACAGGAAACCCUUUUACCAGGCGUCUAUGGACCUUUGGCUUUGAAAUGGGGCUACAAAACUUCAUUGCACCAUGGAUUUUAUAUUUAGUAUUGUUAUGUGAAUCGACCAGUGCCGGUUCAGAGAACCAAGUUCAUAUGCAGGGACAUAACCUGGACAUUACCACAAGCAGCACAGUAAGGAACGUCAGGAACCACACCGCUGCAUUGGUUGUCCACACACAUCUUCAAACUUCUCCACACACCAACCUUGUCUGGACAGAUUUCAUCACAGACGGACAGUUUGGUCAGUUCCGUUUUGGUAUUGGACUAGGCCCAGACCUCAGCUCAAACAAGAAUGAGGUUACAUCUUCUCCCAUGCGUAUCAGGAGUACGGAGAAGCUUUUUAUUGCUGUGACCGCUGAGACCAACAGGAGCGAUGUCAGGUUGGUCAUAACAUCCUGCAAGCUUGUGAGCAAAAAGGAGAAAACAAAGUAUUACUUCAUCCAGGAUGGGUGUUUAGAUAACAAAAUGGUAGAGAAUAUCUUAAAGGAAGACAACACAAUGGUCUUCACACUGGAUCUCUCAGGAGCAGCCCAGUUGUCCGGCUCCACCACGGUAUUCAUAAGCUGUGAAGUAAAGCUCUGUCUGAACUCUAACUACUCAGAGUCUUGCAGUUCUUGUCUCUCUGAACAACCAGCAGAGCCAGUGCUGGAGACAAGAACCUACCACAUAGCAGCCAAACCAAUCGAUGUGACUAAGGAGAGAAGAAAAAAAGGCAAGUAUCUGCACUGCAUUGUCACCAUUGUGUAUGAUGUAUAUCUGGCAUCCUCUCAUGCCAUUCUGCUGGAGAUUCCAAAGCAGCAGAGUCCCAUUGUAUUCAAUGGGAUUUUGCUGCGCUGUGCACACGGCAGAAUUUCAUCUGGCACGGAAAUUUUGUUUUCCAUGUCCACAAAAAGAAUGAACCUGUUCAUUCUUUCUGCAGACUCUGCACGGAAUGCAUAGCUGUGUGUUUGUGUUUUUUAAAUCUCUCUAUAGAUUUAAAUUUUUUUAUCAUUAUUUUCUUUACUCUCAGGGAAAAAAAGCUGGAAAAAUAAUUCCAGGUAAUUAGC